AAGGAGAAUAUUCAUAUACAAGAAGCAGUGAUCAAUAUGCAGGAGGAACAGGAGGAAUGGAAGAGAGAAGAAUUUGAAGUAAAUAAUAAAAGACAAUAUACUGGAACUUCAAGAACAACAAUCUGGAGGAAAAAAAAAGAAAAGGAACUUAAAGAUGGAGUAUUAACUAAUAUACAAAAUCAAACCUCUGUUGAUAUAAUACAAACGUCUCCAGCACAAAGCCUAACAUCAUCUGUCAAUACUGUAACACAACCACAAAACCCGAUAACAUUCAUUAAUACUAAAACACAAUCACCUUUAGUACAUAUGCAAAGCCCUACAUCAUCUUCCAAUUUCCUUCCAAGAGUUCUUAAUGAUGUUUUCGUAAUAACUAUUUGUAAAUUCGCUUGUAAAUCUUGGAGAUAUAUGGAUGCUUACAACAAAGGGUUGGUAGGUAGAUCUGCUGAGUGA